AUGCGAAAUCCCAACGAAACGCUCGUGCAACAAAGUAAUUAUCAAAAGCCCCAAUUCCCUUUGAAGCUGCAUGCUAUUCUAGAGGAAACUGAAGCCUUUGACCAUCAUGCAAUAAUCUCAUGGCUGCCAAAUGGACUUGGUUUCAAAGUCCAUGAUAAGGAUGCCUUUGAAGAACAGGUCAUGCCGAAGUACUUUAGAACCAACAAGUUCAAGGCGUUUCAACGAAACUUGAAUCUUUGGGGGUUUCAGACACUCACCAGAGACCCUGAUAGGGGUGCCGCCUUUCAUCCUCAUUUCAUCCGAGGAAAGCCAGACGAAUGCAGUCAGAUGGAACGCGUUCGAGUGAAGAAGGAAAUGAAACACAAGAAAGUGAUUCUUACGCCAACAGGAGAGUUGGAGCCACUGUGGUCAUCCUCAUCGCAGUCAUCUUCGCAUGCUUCCUUUCUUCCCGCUUUCCCAACAAGAUCUCAACGCGUCAAUACGGCUAAGGUCAUCAGUGUGACAUCAGCUCCUCCGUUGGAAGUGGGCACAAUUAUGGCUUCGAAAAACAUGAAACGCACACUAUCCAACAACUCUCCCUUUGCGUUGCUAAAUGUGCGAAACUACUCGGACGCACUUGAUUUCCGGAAACCAUGCAACUUGAUCUCGGACUCCAGCAGUGUGGCGGAAGCUUCUCCGAUAGCAAUGUGGUAUCCAAGCAACUCCUUAUCGCUGAACGUGCGACGCUUUCAGGAGUACCAGUUUGCUUUGGAGUGCCUACGGGCGGCCUCGUUGCACCAAGCCGGCAACGACGGUCUACCCAUCAUCUAUUGA